AACAUCAAUACUGCCCUCUGGUGGAAGUGCUGUCGUCUGUUUGAAGGAGUUCGUUGGAGAGGCGCAUUUCAAACUUGAAAAAGAAAGAAAAAAACUCAGAAACCUGGGAGUUGUACAAAUAAGAAAGACUAGUAGACUGGAGGUUCUAAAUGUAUCGUGUGCUCAAUUGACAACAAAAGCAGUUUCCUCUCGGUCAUUAGUCAGUGUGUUACUACUAGACAAGAUAUUCUGUCAAGUCAAUUUGAAAAGUUUCAGAGAAAACAAAAUGAAGAAAAGUGGUCACCACCUGAGGUCACUAGCGACCUUGUUUAUUGUGGUAGUAACGUGGUCAGUUCAAUGUUCACAUGGUGCUAUGUUAAAUACUUACGUGUCUUCUGAUGGAAGAACUUACUACAAUACGCCAUUAAUGUGUGACAGCGGUCUUCUAGUGUCUCCUUACUUGAAGUAUCUCCGUCAGUCGUAUACGUCAAGAGAUGACAAAGACUGUUGUUAUUUGGCCGAUACCAGAAACAAUUGCUGCUUCUCUAAUACUGAGUGCAGAUGUAGUACAAGUGUCACUUGCGGUUUACCAACGACCACGUCGACAUCCACCACAACUACAACUAGCACAACACCCACUACAACAACCACGACCUCAACCAGCACAACUUCGACAACCACGACACCAACAACAACCACGACAUCAACUACAACCACCACAACGCCACCCACCACAACAACAACCCCCACUACUACAACCACAACAACGACUUCAACAACAACAGUUCAGCCGAGGAUAGCUUCCUUAUGCGCCUUGACUAAAAGAGUCUUGAAUGGUGUCAACGUAAAAGACAGUUGUACGUACAUGGGCAUCGCCAACAUUACAAUCUCCAACUUUACCACAUGUCACGCCGUACUGACCACAGCUACUGUCAAUGGAACCUAUAAAACUACAUUUCUAACAGCUGGUAUAUGUAAGAAACAGCUGAGCAGUACACAGCAAUUUGAUUUGGAAAUCGGAAUUCAGAAAUACCCCAUUCCUUCAGUUCUGUUUAGUCUCUAUGAUGGUCCUAACGACUCUGCUUUUAUUGAUGUCUCUCCAAGAUACACUGCUAUACUCAAUAACCUGGGUCCGUGUCAGGAACCUGCUUGUCCCUAUAACAACGUGACCAUGUCUGGACGAGUAGACUUCAACACCUGCCGACUGGUCAGCUAUGGUAUCACCAACCAAACGGGUUUUGUCAGUCAAGGUGAAAUGGAGGUGUCAGUCAAGUUAACACCAAGUGGCUGCAGUAAGCUUGCUACAGUCUCCAACACGACCACAUGUUUCACUUCCACGAGUGGACUGAAUGUCUAUUGUUUGGGAGACAGCGGCGCACCUGUGUACUGUCAGGCUCCAACAAAUGGGGAAUGGAUUCUAGUAGGCGUGACACAAGUAGCAUCAUCCUGUGGGUCCUCCCCAGAAUUUCGUGUCAUUCCAUAUCCUGGUUAAUAUUCAUUUAUAAAAAAAACAAAAAAAAACACACAAAUUGAUUGAUUGAUUGAUUGAUUAAGCUGUGUAAAGAGUAUUAGGUCACCACACAGUUAGAGAAGGUUCGCCGUCAAGAACUGGUGUCCAGAUAUGUUUUGGCUAAUGUUCUUGUUACAUUUAUCUUCAGGUCUAGAAUAUCUCGUUUUAAGCUACAAUUGAAUGCACCAAUAUCAAUGUAUGCACUGUACACAAUAAAACGAGUCUUGUAUCAAA